GGUAACUUUCGUUUCAGUAACGACACUCAUUGGAAACUCUCUUGGGCUCGACGUAGCUGUGGUCGCAGAUAACUAAUGGCUCAUAAUAAAUCCAUGCACCCACGAAAUCGGUACAAAGAUAAACCUCCAGAUUUUGCAUACUUGUCUUCCAAGUAUCCAGAAUUUAAGCAGUACAUAACUGUGAGUUUGGCUGGAAAACCAAGUUUGAACUUCAAGGAUCCAGGAGCAGUGAGAGCAUUGACGUGCACCCUCUUAAAGGAAGAUUUUGGGCUCACCAUUGACAUACCUCUUGAACGGUUAAUUCCUACUGUUCCUCUGAGACUCAACUAUAUUCACUGGGUGGAAGAUUUGAUCAACUAUCAUGAUUCUGACAAGACUGUUCUGCGCAGGGGGAUCGACAUAGGUACAGGGGCAUCUUGCAUUUACCCCUUGCUUGGAGCUACAUUGAAUGGCUGGUAUUUCCUUGCUACGGAAGUGGAUGAUAUCUGCUUUAAUUAUGCUAAGAAAAAUGUGGAGCAAAAUAACUUGGCAGAUCUCAUUAAAGUGGUUAAAGUGCCACAGAAAACACUCCUAAUGGAUGCAUUAAAGGAAGAAUCCGAGAUUAUUUAUGAUUUUUGUAUGUGCAAUCCUCCAUUUUUUGCUAACCAGUUGGAAGCCAAGGGGGUGAACUCCCGAAAUCCUCAUCGUCCACCACCAAGCUCUGUGAACACUGGCGGCAUUACGGAGAUCAUGGCUGAAGGGGGAGAGUUAGAGUUUGUUAAGAGGAUCAUACAUGAUAGUCUUCAGCUUAAGAAAAGGUUACGGUGGUACAGUUGCAUGCUGGGUAAGAAGUGCAGUUUGGCACCUUUGAAGGAAGAGCUACGAAUUCACGGGGUCCCUAAAGUUGCCUAUACAGAAUUCUAUCAAGGGCGAACAAUGCGUUGGGCUCUGGCAUGGAGCUUUUAUGAUGAUGUUGUCAUUCCAAACCCUCCUAAAAAACGGAAGCUUGAGAAGCCACGUAAACCCAUGGUGUUCACAGUACUAAAUUCAACUGUACAAAUGCUGCAGGCUAAAUCUUCCAAAUGCACAGAGGUCAUAGGAAACGUUGGAGUGGUUUCUGAAUGGUUGAAGAAGAUCUUGACUGAACUGAAGGUUCAGCAUAAAUAUGUAACAUGUGGAGAUAAAGAAGAGAGCUUGUUCCUUACAACAAUAGAAAACUCCUGGGUUCACAUACGCAGAAAAAAAAGAGAGAGCACGAGGCAAUUGAGAGAAUUACCCAGAGCUCCUGAUGACUUAAUGAAGAUGGAGGCAAGCCCAGUCAAAAAAGAGGCUUUAAAAGAAGACUAUCAAAUAACAGAGGCAGCACCAAUUACAUGUAAAAUUGACUCUACAUCUUCAAACACCAGUUCCAUUGUACCAUUACCUUCAAAUUCUGAUAGCUUUACCCAUGUGGCUCCAUUCCUUACUAAUGAUCCUAAUCUGAAAUCGGAGGAAAAGGAACAAAUGACCACGAAACCAGGUGAAGCAUCACUUAGUGAACACCUUGUAGAGAAUGAGCAUGACUCAACCGAAGAAAUUAUUCAGUCUGCUGGCGAAAGCAUGCCAAAAACCCAAAGCAUUGGUAUUCCUUUUCUUUUUAAGUGUUUAUUGAACAUUAAAGAAGAGUCCAAUGAUGUACUGGUUGAGAUGCACUGGGUUGAAGGCCAGAACCGGGACUUGAUGAAUCAGCUCUGCACGUACCUGCGCAAUCAAAUCUGCAGGAUUUCAACUAGCUAGCCUACUUAGAAAUGAUCAAUAGUUAAUUAGAAGUUGGCUAUAUUUUUCACAAGUGUGUAAGUUGUU